CUACAGCAUCCAAAGCACAUGAACGUUCGUAACAGUACUUCCACCUUUGCUCGAUCAACUUCGAAGUACAGUAGCUUAUGUGCAGUUAUUUAAUUUCGGUCAUCGACACUAAACAAAACUCCCCAUCUCUAAACAGACGUUGCCAUGGUCACGGUAUGGGCUCGAUAUGGAGCAGCCUCAGUCCCGUGCUGGUUCUUUCGAUAGGCGUCUCGGUUACGGCUGUUCUAAUCACUGCCAUUUUCUCCUACCGGACUGCAAACAGUACCAAUGUUGCAUCCAACACAUUUGUUGGCCCCUCUGCUGUAACAAGUGAGGAUGAAUCGACGGACGAUAGCGACGACGCCGAACUGCAGUCUGAAGGACUGGCGGAGCGACUACCAGCGAAGCCACUGGUGGCCAUGGCAGCCGAGUCGGUGAUAUCGGCUGCAAUGACUGAUCAGCAACGAGAGCUUGAGCACGAGACCCAGCGGAAACAACUACAGGAGAUCUACCGCCUGAUGCAGGAAAAUCGUGACAAGUUUGGCGAUACAUCCAUUGACGAAGUGGUGAAUCAGAUGGCACUUUACCGGUGACGCUGCAAGCAAGGCCGAGUGCAAUCAUUCCUCCCCAUAAAAGGCCUAUGUUCUCCUAUUGCUUGUCCCAAAAACUGUAUCCUGCAUUCCCCUGGAAACCAUUCAUAACACAUUUCUGCAAGCCACUUCGUUGAGACACAUGGGAAGGAAUGCAUUACCAUCAAAACACAAAACAUUCCUCCAGAGCAAAAUUCACUUCUAAAGCAUUAAGACUACACCAGUAAAAGAGCUUAUGCACAAUAUGACCAAUGAUUACCUUGGCCAUACAAGGCCAAGAUAAUUCAUUGUCUACCUAAAUGGCAUGGACAUAAAAUAUUCAAAAGUACUCAUGCUCUCGAAAUAGCACUAUGCAAUGACCACUGUUAGUAAUACAGAGGCAAAGCUGCCAAGAAACAAAUUGUGUAUUAGGAAUUUUAGACCACAAAACUCUUUCUCUGCAGAACCCUGUUUUGUUUUGAAGGUAACCUUUGAGCUGUAAUGGUACACCUCUCAAGAGAUAUUGUGCACCCGCCACUUUCUAGGCAAUAGUAUUCAAUGGGAGGACAUAAGUGUUUUGACGGUCACUACCACCAUGGUUAUUUACAGGUUCACAAGCAUGUCUUUCAAUAGGCACAGUAAAGCAAAGACCCACAGCCAUGCCAGGUUUCAUGGCCUCUGCAAGCAGACAGACUGUGAACUUAGAGCAAAUGAUCAUUCCUGAAAUAGCAAAUUUGGUUUCCUGUGUGAAAAUGGAUUUUUGAUUGGUUACAUGUAGUCACACAACACAACACAAAAUACCUAACUUGUGAAGACAGAAGGGUAGACCUUAUAGAAUACUACUAAUACAAAUGAAACAAACAUGGUAAGUUCUGCUCUCAAGCCCACAUGCCUCUCAUUCCAGAGUUCUGUUCACAUGUGGGAACAUGAUGGGAUACAAUAUAGUGCUAGCCCACUCCUGCAUCUCCAAGCUCUGCAAUACUAUGUUGACAAAUGUCUUUCCAUUACAUGCAGUUACUUGCAUGAAGUAUGGCUACAACUUUUCAGUUUAACAGAAAUGUACAUCCGGUUACCAAAUCUAACAGAUUUGAUAAGAAUUAACUCUUUCCUGACCGCGCCCAUAAGCCGUCGAUCAAUGGUUUCAAGCGCAGUCUAAAAAUUAAAUUUAGUGCUGAGAAUUAUGUUCCACAACCUCGUGGAUAGCCGAAAAAAUUGUAGUUUCAGUUUCAACAUGGGUUUUAGCUUGAUCACAAGCGGGUGUGCUGUCAAAAACAGUCCUGGGGACGGUGGUUGCACUUAUGUAACAUGGCUAACUGCUUGCAUCAGUCUUAGUUAAAAAAAAAAAAAAAGGGAUUAUUUACAUAUUUCAACUGUAUUGUGGCAUAUGUUUUAGACCUCAAGAGCUCUGGGGACAUUUUAAAUGAUGUUAUAGGUGUCACUUAACAGAUGGUUGUCGGUGAGCAUCAUUAUAAUUUCUAAUGCUAUCCUGAGCUGGUGUGCAAGUUUUAUGUUCCCAACAAGGUGGACAAAAAUGCUAAAUAUCAAGGAACUGCAAUCAAGGCUAUGACAAAAUCAAGGUAGACCACGAAGAAAGCAUUCUGUUGAGGAUGUGAGGUGUACUAUCUGUGUUUCACCAAUAUAAAAGCACUCCUUCGUGAAAAGCACAUGUGUUUUGGAGGUUAACUCUGACGAAUCAAAAAUAGACGUCUGUUAGAGUACACUAACUUUGAGAAGUAAUAGCCAUGAGUGUGGGGCACAUUUAGUAUAUUCUGAAUUUUUUUAAUUUGACAUAGCUGUAGAAGUUUCUCUGUUUAUAUGCUUUCCGCACAUACAUUUCAUUUUCAAGAAAUUUUAUUUUAAAAUUUUUUCCUCACAUUAUACUAAUGUUUCUUUUGAAAGAACAACUAAUUGGCCCCAUUUUGAUGUGUCAUAUUUCUUACACCCAAAUUAGGAAGAAAAAAGCGGUAGCACGGAUCCUUUGAAAAUUGCUAUUUUCCCGUGGUCAGGAGAGAGUUAACACCACCAAAGUUUGAUUUCAAUGAAACAUACAAUAAUGGCAUACCUUGCAUCACAAAAAAUGAUGUUGCAUGUCGUAGGUGCUAGAAGCCUUCAGACAAUGCAAAAUUCCCUUGAAUACGAAGAAAAUCCAAGACCAAUGUCAAAAUAUUUUGUUUGAGUGAAUGUUCAAGCUACUUUUCCUACAUUGCAAUCCAAUUUGUGAUACAAAAAUGAGCAGCAAGCUCCCUUAACUGCAAGACUAUUGUUACAAGCAGAUGUUUUCAAGAUAUAGAAAUGAAUAAAUAUCACUGU